GUACACAUACACCUACACACACUAACAAAUAUUCAGGAUGUAUUUAUACCCUGUAUAUUUGUAUGAAUGUAUAUGCGUCUGUGAAUCUCACAGCGUCUUUGUUUUCGUUUUAACCUGGUAUGUGCCUAAGACCUAAUGCGAACAGUUGGAUAUAUGAAUUUUCUCAUAGUACUUUUCUGGUAAAUCUCUCACUUAAUGGCUACAGGCGUCGCAAGUAGAUGCUGAAAUGAUUGGUGGUGCGCGGGGCGUCCUUCUGACAUCGAGUAACAAUACGAGGAGGGCAGAGGCUCGCGCGGCGGAUGCACAGUCACGCUUGCGUUUUUAAAAUAUUUCAAUGCUGUAGGGCCGUGGCGGUGGACAAACUGACCAGAACGUGUAAAUAAAAACAGUACUACCCCCAGAACGAGGCGUUCCUUACAGACUUUUUUUGGAUCAAUCACGCAGACAGUGGCUUCUUUUGAUUAAACCCCAAAUUGUCAUUGGGCAGAAGUAAUCAUGUGACAAGCAAUUCGGUCCAAUUUCAACCUUGUCUCCAUGAAUUCAAUAGUUUAAUAGUAGCGCGGUCCCCAUACGGCCGUAAUCAGUGAAUUAGAAAAAACACUAGCAGCGAUUUUUAUGAUUUUUAAAUCUGGCCACAAAAUUCAAAUAAGAGCUAACUUUCCAAAGCUCUGAGGGAGAGGAGAUGAAUUACGAAUUUGAGCGAGAGACUGGUUUUAUCAACAGUCAACCGUCGCUUGCUGAGUGCCUGACAUCUUUUCCCCCUGUCGGUGAUUCAUUUCAAAGUUCAUCAAUCAAGAGCUCGACGCUUUCACACUCGACACUGAUUCCUCCUCCUUUUGAGCAGACCAUUCCCAGCCUAAACCCCGGCAGCCACCCUCGCCACGGCCGGCCCAAGCACAGCCCCAAUGGCUGUAGUCCGCUGCCGACCGCAUCUCUUCCUCCGGAGUAUCCCUGGAUGAAGGAAAAAAAAGCUUCCAAGAAGAAUCACUUGCCGACACCAACGUCCACAGCCGCUGCGGCAGGACCGGUCUGCUUCUCGCCUAAAGGGUCGCCCGAGAUUCCGGAGAGUGGCAGCGGGGGAUCGCGCAGGCUGAGAACUGCGUACACCAACACUCAGCUCUUGGAGCUGGAGAAAGAAUUCCAUUUCAACAAGUACCUCUGCAGACCGAGGAGGGUGGAGAUCGCCGCUUUACUGGAUUUGACCGAGAGGCAAGUGAAAGUGUGGUUUCAGAACCGGAGGAUGAAACAUAAAAGACAAACCCAGUGCAAGGAGAACCAGAAUAGCGAGGGAAAGUUGAAGCGUAUGGAAGACGGAGCACAGGUCGAAGAGGAGAAAUCUCUUUACGAGCAAGCGCUAAACAACGUGUCAGGGGCCCUUCUGGAGCGAGAGACCUACUCCUUUCAACAAAACUCGCUAACCCCGCAGCAGCCUCAGAACGUCCACAAUGGAGAUUCCCAAAGUUUUACUGUUUCGCCUUUGAACAGCAAUGACAAAAAUCUUAAAAAUUUUCCCAAUCCGUCACCCACUGUUCCAGGCUGCAUGUCCACAAUGGGCCCGGAGUCCGCAUCUGGCCUAGACAAUGGUAGUCCCUCGGCCCUGGACGUUUCUUCUUUACAGGACUUUCACGUAUUCUCCGCAGAUUCCUGCCUACAUCUUUCAGAUGCCGCUUCCCCCAGUCUGUCAGAAUCUCUGGAUAGUCCCGUGGACAUAUCUACGGACAGCUUUUAUUUUUUCUCGGACACUUUAACAACUAUCGAUUUGCAGCAUCUGAACUACUAAAAUGAAAUUGAAACAAACCCAAGAACACAACUACACGGUUCUUGUCUUCAGAGUUUUAUAUAUUAUUAGUACAUUUUCUUCGUGGCUUAACUGAUUAGAUAACUAAUCAUGCAGAGGUAAGAUUUCACCAUAUAAUUUGUGUAAAUAAUUAGUUUGAUAAUAUUUGAAUUAAAAUUCGAACAGGCGACUAUCCGAAAGCAAUAUAAUUGUGUGUAAAAAGAGGAAAAAUAGAAAUGAAUCUUUGUCCUUUUAUUUUUGUAUCGCUUUCGGGUACAAUGUCAAUAAAUAUUUUUGUUAGAAUAAACUUGACUUGCUACAAGUA